AAACAAGCCCGAACGUCGAGUACUCGUCUUCAAUACUUCAGCUUCACCUCGAUCACACAUAGCACCUCAAUGGCAGAAGCCUCAGAGACAGCCCCUGUGGUGAACAAGAACAAGAAGAACAGGAAGGAAAAGCCUUGGGACACGGACGACAUAGACCACCCUCAUGAGGAUAACAAGGGCGGUACCUUCAAGGAGGAGUCUUCGUUCGCCACCUUGUUCCCGAAGUACAGAGAAAAGUACUUGCGGGAGGUAUGGAGUGCGGUUACACAGGCUUUGGAUGCACAUGGCAUAGCCUGCUCGCUCGAUUUGAUCCAUGGAUCCAUGUCGGUUCGGACUACACGAAAAACUUACGACCCCUACAUCAUCCUGAAGGCUCGGGAUAUGAUCAAGCUCCUCGCGCGUGGUGUAGCCAUCGGCCAAGCUGUGAAGAUCCUUGACGACGCUGUGGCAUGCGAUAUCAUUAAGAUAGGCAAUAUCGUCCGGAAUAAGGAGCGCUUCGUGAAGCGGAGACAGAGGAUCAUAGGACCUGACGGUAGUACGCUCAAGGCAAUCGAGUUGUUGACACAAUGCUACGUUCUCGUACAAGGGAACACCGUCAGUGUGAUGGGGCCAUACAAGGGCCUUAAGGAGGUCCGACGGAUAGUACUCGACUGCAUGAAGAAUAUCCACCCUAUAUACAGGAUCAAGGAGCUCAUGAUCAAGCGCGAACUUGCAAAAGACCCCCAGCUGGCUAACGAGUCAUGGGACCGCUUUCUACCGAAGUUCCGUAGACACCACCUCAAGACCUCUGAAAAGACUUCACGGAAGAACGAGCGGAUACAGGAGAAGGACGAAGCCCGGAAGACUGCGGGCUUGGAACCGGUUGGGGCGGGCAAGAAGGAGGCGCCUGCAAAGAAGGUCUAUACCCCCUUCCCCCCACCGCAGAUGCCUCGAAAGGUCGACCUGCAACUAGAAUCUGGAGAGUACUUCCUCAAAGCGCACGAGAAGCUUGAUCGUGAAGAGCGGAAACGCAAAGAGAAGCAAGAACAAGUCGCUGAAGAGCGGCGUGUCAAGCGUGCCGAGGCAUUCGUGGCACCGGUCGAAGAUGCUGCCCCAACGGUUGAGGAGAAGCGCAAACGGCGGCGGGAGCAGCAAGUGGAGGAAGCAGCGCCCCACGACGACUCAGGGCGCAAAGAGAAGAAAAAGAAGAAGAAGAAGGCAAGAGUCGAGGGCGUAGAUGAGAGUGCAUCAUAGUCCUAGUGGAUGGCAGCGCUGUAGAUGUUACAUUUUUCCCAUUCUUCUACACUUUCUAUCAACUUUCUGCGCACGUUUUCUAUCUCGUGGUUUGAGCGUCGUUUCGGCGGGCAGCGUGACGCAAAAGCUGGGUGGUGUCACGGAGUGACGCAAGGU